UGUUUGUAUUGAUUUAUAUUUGUAUUGAUUUUAGACUUGAAUAGUUUAUUUUGUUAAAAUUUUUACUUUUAGAAAAGGACAUUUAAAUUUUUUAAAAUUAUAAAUUAUAAAGGAUUUUUUAUUUGAGCGACUUUCCAUUAUCUGCGUUUGCGAUAUUUUUAUCGUUUAGUCAAAUGGGCCUUAAAGACGCUAUUAAAGAAGUUAAUUAUUUAUUUGUUUAUGUAUGACUAUAAGUUAUUUAUCUUUUUUUAAAAUCUAAUAAUUAUAAUCUUAAAAUAUUAAAGAAUAUAAUGUUAUAAGUAAUUAAUUACUAACUACGCGUUUUUGACAAAAUUUAUACUACAAAAUGUUGCGCUGUGGAUUUGUAAUUACCUUCUUAAUCAUUGAGCAAUAAAAUAUUGUUGUUUAUAUUGAUCGAUUCCGACAUACCAUUAUCCUUUCGCACAUUCCUUAUAACAUCGAUAAUGAAAAAAGUUUUCGUAGAUGAUAAUUUUUCGCGAUUGGAAAAUCUAUUUUUCUUUUUCAGGUUCAAUAGUUGGAUUGUUCUAAGCAAAAUCGAAUCAACGAAAAAAUAUAUUUGUCAGCUAACAAUUCUUUUCACUGUCAAAUUUUCAUUAUUAACAACAGAAUUUUCUUAAAGAAUUAAACUUAAGAUUAAAUAACAGUUAAUUUUUAAGUCUUACAUUUUUUAAUUGUUUUUUUUUUGCUUAAUUGUUUAUGUUUGAGAUUUAAUUUCGAGUGUAUUUUUAAAUGUCUAAAUAUUCAAUUUAGCAAAUUGUAAUUUAUAAUUAUACUUUGCCAUAUAUAACUAUAAUUACGUAAUACUAUAUUACAGAUCUUGUUUAAAUAUUUUUAAUUUUUUGAAUAACAGUAUUAAUUAAAUAUUACAUUUUUUAUAUAAUAUAUUAUUACUUAAUAUUCUUAAUCUAGUACAAUAAGAUUUCUAUUUGAUUCAAUAAUAAGAAAAUUUUGCAGAAUAUAAAAAAUAUUAACAUUUAAUCAUCGUCAAAUACAUUACCACUGCAGUAUGUAAGUAUUAAUAGCGAAGGAUUAUUCUUUCUUGAAUCUAAUAAUAAAAUUAGUUUUCUCUUCGAGUUUUUUUUUUUUUGCGGAAAACAAAAGAUUCGCAUUUUUAAAUGCUUUUACUAACCUCGAUUUCGAUCUGUUUUUUUUUUCCAGUAUUCCAUAGGAGUCGCCGAGUAAUUGAACAUAAGGAGAGAUACUUCUGUCCACGGUGCAGCAGCUCGUUCAGCAAGAAGAGCAACAUGCUGACACAUUAUAGGCAUGAAUGCGGGAAAGAGCCGAGGUUCCAGUGUCCUUACUGCGGAAAAAAAGAUAGAAAAUCCUCCAACACUUAUAGGCACAUCAGGAUGCAUCAUAAAGGCAACAACAUUCAAGCAUAUCGACUAUACUGAACCAAAAAUGCUUUAACAUCCAAACUGACAUCUCCCACAGAGAUGACAUUUUGUCGAGACGUCGGUUUCUUAACAAGAAAUCAUCGCGUCAUUAUUCGACGGAUCAACAAGUGAUGCCGCGAUGGAAUAUGGACGAUUCCUGCAGCCCUACGACGCCCGUAUUAUGGAUAUCCUGAGGGUGAACUACGGUGGCAGCCAGAAUGAAGUCAAGCACGAAAACGGACCCUUCUGGCAGUCCGGAAAGAUGGCGUAUCAUUGUCCCAGGUGUAAUGCCGGUUACACUUACAAGAAGACGUUGAAGACCCACAUGAAGUAUGACUGCGGGAAAGAGCCGAGAUUCAAGUGCCCUUACUGCAGCAAGAGGGACAAGUGCUCGUCGAAUAUUUACAAGCACAUCAGAAUGCGACAUAACGGAAAACCGGUAUACGUGGACAGAUUAGAGUCAUCUCGUUCUUCUACCUCUUCCUUCCGAGAUUCGUCGUCUGUCGUCGGGCAGUUAUCUUAACUUGUGUGGACUAAAUUAAGACAGUUUUGUGAUACAAGAUGAUGCAAGUGGCUGUAAAAAGAGAAAAGAA